UCCUGUGUCUGUCUGCAGGUGGCAAUAAUAGAGGAGUUGGUGGUCAGCUAUGAAAUUUCCUUAAAACUUGUAGAAUGUUCAACCAGAAUGAUGACGUGAAGGAGGAGCCGCCAACCACCUUGCUCUGGGUGCAGUACUUCCUGGCACAGCACUAUGAUAUGAUUGGUCAGCAGACUCUGGCUCUGGAAUACAUCAACACGGCCAUCGAGAGUACGCCAACGCUUAUCGAGCUCUUCCUUGUCAAGGCCAAAAUUUACAAGCAUGCUGGGAACAUCCGAGAGGCGGCUCAGUGGAUGGACGAAGCCCAGGCUCUGGACACAGCCGACAGAUUCAUCAACUCCAAGUGCGCUAAGUACAUGCUGAAGGCUGGCAUGAUCAAAGAGGCCGAGGAAAUGUGCUCCAAGUUCACGCGGGAGGGGGCAUCGGCAGUGGAGAACUUGAAUGAGAUGCAGUGCAUGUGGUUCCAGACGGAGUGUGCACUCGCGUACAAAGCUAUGAACAAGUUUGGGGAAGCCCUGAAGAAGUGCCAUGAGAUUGAAAGGCAUUUUGUGGAGAUCACAGAUGACCAGUUUGACUUCCACACCUACUGUAUGAGGAAGAUGACGCUUCGUUCAUAUGUGGACCUGCUGAAGCUGGAGGAUGUUCUUCGGAUGCAUCCUUUCUACUGCAAGGCCGCCAUCACCGCCAUCCAGAUGUAUCUGAGCCUCCACGACAAUCCGCUGACUGACGACAACAAGGAGCUGCAGGCCGAUACCGCUAACCUCUCUGACAAGGAGCUGAAAAAGUUGAGGAACAAGCAGCGGAGAGCCCAGAAAAAAGCCCAGCUGGAAGAGGAGAAGAAUGCAGAGAAGGAGAAGCAGCUGAAGAACCAGAAGAAGAAGAAGGAGGAUGACGACGAGGAGAUCGGAGGGCCCAAGGAGGAGCUCAUUCCCGAAAAACUGGUCAAGGUAGAAAAUCCACUGGAAGAAGCCGUCAAAUUCCUGAUGCCUCUCAAACAGCUGGUCAAAGAUAAAAUCGAGACACACCUGCUGGCGUUUGAGAUCUACUUCAGAAAAGAGAAGUACCUGUUGAUGCUGCAGUCGGUGAAAAGAGCAUUGACCAUUGAUCAGGACCAUCCGUGGCUACACCAGUGUCUAGUGCGCUUCUUUAGAGGAGUCUCUGAGAGCAAGGAUCUCCCAGAGGUGGUCCGAACUGUACUGAAGCAGGAGAUUGCCAGGCUGUUUGGAGACAGCAACGCUAAGAGUUUCAACCAGGCCUACCUCGCCAAGCACUCCAACUCCAUACCGCACCGACUGGCUGCGGCGAAGAUGAUGGUGUAUCUGGAUUCGUCGACGGAAACGAAGGCGAUGGAGCUGGCUACAGCGCUGGAUGAGUCGCUCGACAACAGAAACAUCCAGAUUUGCACAGACGUCUUGGAGAGUCUUCGGAGCGGCUUGCUGGGUGACUGCAAGGAUCGCGCCGAGUCGUAUCGCGCCGAGUGUCACAAGCUAUACCCUUACACGCUAGCUUUCAUGCCGCCAGGCUUAGAGGAGAACACCAAAGAUCGCCAACGGAGACGUUUCCACGGAAAUGGAGGAGGCUAGCCAAUGAGAUGUGAGCG